GAGAUUCGCGCCGCGCACUCCCGUUUGGCCUCGUAUUCGUAUCGCUCGCGGACUCGCCGUCGAACGCCUCUUUGGAGAUGCCGCCCGCCGCCGCGGCGAGCUGCCCCCUCCUCCGGCGAGCUCCGGCGGCCCCGUUCGCGGCCCUCAGUGGCGCUCUGUCCCGAUCGGGAAUGGCGCGUCGUCUGGUGGCAGCGAGCGCUGGGGGCGGCGGGCGGGCGCCGGCGUACGGGGGGCUGCUGCUCGACGCCGGCGGCACGCUGCUGCAGGUGGCGCGGCCAGUCGCCGAGACCUACGCCUCCAUUGGCCGCCGCUACGGUGUGACGAAGCCUGAGAAGGGCAUCAUGGAGGGGUUCAAGCGGGCCUUCUCGGCGCCAUGGCCGAAGACGCUCAGGUACCAGGGAGAUGGGAGGCCAUUCUGGAGAAUUGUCGUAGCGGAAGCAACCAAUUGCACUGAUGAUGAUUACUUCGAAGAAGUGUAUCAGUAUUAUGCACAUGGAGAUGCUUGGCGUUUGCCUGUUGGAGCAGACACAACACUGCGUGAGCUGAAGGAUGCUGGAGUUAAGCUAGCUGUUGUAUCAAACUUUGAUACAAGGCUAUGGAAAUUACUUAAGGACCUCAAUGUCUCCGAUAUGUUUGAUGCCAUUGUGGUAUCAUCAGAGGUUGGAUACGAGAAACCUGCUCCCGAAAUCUUUAAGAUAGCAUUAGGUAGAGACAAAAUAGAAUUUGAUCAAAUUGGUGUGGAAGCCACCAAUGCAGUGCACGUAGGAGAUGAUGAAACUGCAGACAAGGCAGGUGCUAAUGCUAUAGGACUUGAGUGCUGGCUGUGGGGUGCUGAUGUGAAGACAUUUUCAGAGAUAAGGGACCGAAUUCUAACAACAGAUGAUCCUCAAUAAUGAGUGCAGAGUUGCCAUGUUGCGGAAUCGUCACGGCAGAAGUCCUCUUUAUUUGACAUUUGCAUUCUGCUCUUAUAAAAUAAGCUCAUUCCAUGAGUAAAAAGUACUGCCAUACCUUACGACUUCCGCGGUGAAAAAAUUGACUUGAUGAGCAAAUGUGUAAGCUGACUGUGUAACAAGUAAAUGUUAUUCAUAAGCAUGAACUGGUGAAACACACAUGUGAAAA